GAAGCUGAAGGUUCAUGAUGAGUUGUUUCCUGCUCUCCGUUUGGAGGUCCAGUUUGAUUCUCUGCCUGGGUCAGCUUUUGCGUUGUGGAGAGGCCAGAGUGAACACUGAAGUACAAGCUGGGCCUCUGUAUCGUGUGUUAGGCUCUCCCCUCUACAUCACCUGCAGUGUGAGUGGCUUCAGAAGUGAAAACACUGACAAACAUUUUGAAUUCCGUAUGACGAAGCCUUCAAACCCAAACUUUGAGAUCCAAAUCAUCAGUUCACAUGAAGAUACUUUUGGAUAUUCUUCUCACCUAAUCCGUGUGAUUAAAAAUGAAAUUACUUUGAAACGUCUCUCACCAAACUCAGUCCGCUUCGAGAUAAAAAGCCUGCAGAAAACUGAUGAAGGGGAAUAUGAAUGUACUGCAGUCAACUUAGAAGGUGCUUAUGAUGGAGAGUAUUCUGCUAAGACAGUCGUUAAAGUGAUUGAAGACUCCCUGAGUGUCUCAUCCUCUGCUUUCACACCACUGAGCUUGAACGAGGGUGAAGCUCUUACUUUAACAUGCCUGGCCUCUAGCAGCACCAGCCAGCACACCCAUCUGUCUGUUGCCUGGUAUCUCCAUAAAGAUGGACAGGAGGACGCUCAGCCUAUCAUUUCUCUGAAUAGAGAUUUUACACUGAGCCCAGGCCAGGGGUUUGAAAGGCGUCACCAAGCAGGUCUCAUACGCUUAGAUAAAUGGGGAGAGGCCUCGUACAGCCUAAAGAUGGCUGAGGUUGAGCCAUCAGACCAAGGUAGGUUCUACUGCCAGGCUCAGGAGUGGAUCCAAGAUCCUGAUGGCUCCUGGUACAUCAUCAUACAGAAGAAUGCAGAAGAAAUGGCCCUGACAGUUAAAGCCACAGAGGUGGUGGAGCCAUCGUCUCCGUCUCUGGCAGUGGAAAUCUCAGCACAGCCAGCAGCACUGCAGGAGGGGCAGGAGCUGAUGCUGUCCUGUAAUAUAAACACACAGGACGUGGAGAAAAGAUUCUUCUCUGUAGCAUGGCUCAAGGGAAGUGUGGAGCUGGCCCGCAUUGGUCCCACAGGCGUUCUCACUGUGGCACCGGAGUACAGUGUUCGACAGAAAAAUGGAGAGCUCAGAGCCGGAGAAGCCAAAGACUCCAGCCCACAGCGGGUCAGCAUCUCAGCCACAGAAAACAGGCUGUCAAUCAAAAUGCAGCAGGCAGGAAAUGUCACCGAAGGGGGCGGGCUGCAUCUCUCCUGUAAAGUGGAUGGGGUUCAAGGUCAACUCUCUGUCACCUGGCAACUCAAAUCAGCACGAAUGGCCUCGUUCACUGAGAUCAUCAGCAUAAGUCAGGAGGGUGUUACAGAGAUAGCAGAGGAGUUCGUGAGUCGCAAAGUGAGGGUGAUGCGUCCAGCUACUGACAACUUCACCUUAGAGCUUGAUGAGGUCACACUGUCUGAUUCAGGAGUGUACCAGUGUGCUGUGUCUGAGCGCAAACCUAACAGCAAGUCUCACAACCAGGCACAAACUACCACUGUGACAGUGAUUUCUGUAGACACGCUGAUGGGAGUGUCUCUAAUCAGUCGCAAGACUCGGGUGACUGUUGGAGAAAAAUUGGAGUUGAUGUGCCGGGUCAGAGGGCCACACAUGCCGGUAACAGUGACUUGGAGCGUGCAACGUGAGGCUAAAACACCAGACACCAUCCUGACACUUUCCCCUGAUGGCACCAUCAGUUGGUCUGCAGAUCAGAACCACUACCAGCUACGAGUAGAAAUACGCCUGUCCAGACCCACUCAGAAAAGCUUUUACCUAAGUAUUCAGAAAGCCCAUGAAGAGGAUAGUGGAACCUACUGGUGCCAAGUGGAUCAAUACCAGCUGGAUAAUGAAGCUCACUGGCAGCUGAAGGCCUCAGACAGUGGUGGUGCUAUCAAACUCAGUGUAAAAGUAACAGAAAACAAUCUCUCUAUUCCAAAGGAGGAAGCAGAGAUGAAUACAAGCAGAAACCAGGAUUUGACUAUCCCCUGUAACAUCAACAAACAAUCCAGCCAUGAAUCCAAGUUCCAGGUCACAUGGUUUUGGCAGAAAGAAAUAGAAACGAAACAGCGCCCCAUAUUUACAGUCUACAGAAACUCGACUCUACAGGACAGGUUUGGGGAGAAUGUUCGCCUUAGAUAUGACCACCCUGACCCCAGCCAAUUCAGCCUCACGUUCUUGAACCCUGGUCCUGAAAAUAGUGGCCUGUAUUUCUGUGAGGUAGAGGAGUGGCUGCCUUCUCUGUCUCGUGGGUGGAGAAAAGUUGCAGUGGAAAAGUCAGGGCAUUUCAAUGUCAGUGUUCUCACGGAAGGUGAUGCUAAUGCCGAUUCUGAAUGUAGCACAAGGACUUAUAUAAUAAUAGCUAUUGUAAUUCUCAUCGUCUUAGUUUUAGUCCUACUGCUACUCGUAGUCACGAUGUGCAGAAGUAAAGGCUCACUGGGAAACAAGUCAGGGCCAUCUCUCUGGGGUGAAUCAGUGCCUAUGAACACCAGUCGAAGUGGAGAUGACUGAACAGCAGAAGCUUUUUUUUUUUGUUUUUUUUAAAUGCACAUAUGCAAAAGUUUUCAGUUGGACUCCACCUACUUUUAGACAAGUGGUCCCCCACACUUGUUCCAGAACUCGAGGGGACUGAUCUUUCCAAGCUGUUGCACCAAGUCUGUGGAAUGCACUUCCUCUAUCUGUACAGCGUUUGGACUCGGUGGAGACCUUCAAAAAGCAGCUAAAGACAUUUUUAUUUCGAAAAUCUUUUAAUUAGACCAGGGCUUUUAUGAUGUAUUUAUGACUGUAUUGUGUUUUUGAUACCUCUCUUGUGAAGCACUUUGUGACAUCUGUC